UGUUCAGUUAACUAAACAUUUUCUUUCAAAAAACACGUAGUUUUUUCCACUAAAUAUAACAAUUUUUUAUCUAUCAUGGCAAUGGAAACAAUUUUAGGGAUCAAAGGGCGUGAUUUUGUCAUGCUCGCUUCAGACACUAUGCAGGCCAAGUCGUUGAUUUUCAUGAAAGAUGAUCAAUCGAAAAUUCAUCGUCUAUCGGAUUUCUCGAUGAUGGCCACUGUGGGCGAUGGCGGUGAUACGAUACAAUUCUCCGAUUAUAUAUCGAAAAACUUGCAUCUCUAUAAAAUUUCGAAUGGUUAUCACUUAAGUCCCAAAGCAGCUGCCCACUUUACGCGUAAGAAUCUGGCAGAUUAUCUGAGAACCAACACUAGAUAUCAGGUGGCUAUGCUUUUGGCCGGUUACGAUGAAUCUGAGGGUCCCGACUUGCAUUACAUUGAUUCAUAUGGAGCUUCCCAGUCGAUUAAUCAUGCUGGCCAUGGCUGGGGUAGUAUCUUUUGUGGCAGCAUUUUGCAACGGUAUUGGCAUCAGCAACUAACUCAACAGGAGGCAUAUGAAAUAUUGAAAAAGUCUGUGAUUGAAAUUCAAAAACGUCUGAUCAUCAAUUUAAGAAAUUUCGAUGUAUACGUUGUGGACAAGAGUGGCAUGCGUCAAAUGGAGCCCAUCAAUCCGGGCUCGCUGAUCCAUGAGAAUCUAAGUUUAAAUUGGUAAAAGUAAAUUGUAGACGAAAUUAAAAGUGUAGAGAGAAAACUCCGCUUUCGGGUAAUGUUUGCCUUUCUCGGCAUAUACAGAAAUAAAAUUUUACGGUUACACA